UGCGAGUGCGAGUGCGAUCUACCUCCAUGGCGGCGCCGACGACCACCCGGAGCAGGGAGGAACGGUGGAGCCUCGCCGGCAAGACGGCGCUCGUCACCGGAGGAAGCAAGGGGAUCGGCCGCGCGAUCGUGGAGGAGCUUGCGGGGCUCGGGGUGCGCGUGCACACGUGCGCCCGCACCGCCGGCGACCUGGACGAGUGCCUGCGCGCGUGGGCGGCCGACGCCAGCCUGACGGGGCGCGUCACGGCGUCCGUCUGCGACGUGUCGGUGCGUGGCGAACGGGAGCGGCUGGUGUCCGCGGCGCGGGCGGAGCUGGGGCGCAAGCUGGACAUCCUCGUCAACAACGCCGGGCAGACAUUGUUCGGCGCGGCCACGGAGACAGCGCCCGGCGACUACGCGCGCCUCAUGGCCACCAACCUCGAGUCGUGCUUCCACCUCGCGCAGCUGGCGCACCCACUGCUGGUGGAGGCGGCCGGCGGAGGAGCCGGCGCCGUGGUGGUGAACGUGUCCUCCAUCGCGGGUCUCGUCGCGUACCCGGCGCUGGCGGUGUACUCGGCGACCAAGGGCGGGCUGAACCAGCUCACGCGCAGCCUCGCCGCCGAGUGGGCCGGCGACGGCGUGCGCGUCAACUGCGUCGCGCCGGGCGGCGUCCGCACGGACCUCUCGAGCAACAGCGGGCUGAAGCUGGACCCGGAGACGGAGGCGAGGAUGGUGGCCGCGGAGGAGGCGCGGGUGCCCGUCGGCCGCCUCGGGGAGCCUGAGGAGAUCGCGUCCCUCGUCGCGUUCCUCUGCAUGCCCGCCGCGUCCUACGUCACCGGGCAGGUCAUCUGCGCCGACGGUGGCCGCACCAUAGCUGCAUAGAUAGGCCGUGCUAUGUCCUGUACUCGAGUCGGAUUCCACCUGCCACGAAAUCUCAUCGGAUUCGACCCCUCGCAAAACUGGAUCCCGUCAAACCGGAAUCGGAAUCGGAAUCGGAAUCCGUUGCUGACGAUGAUCUAUGGCCACGCAUUGUGUGUUACAUAUAAUUCAGCGCACCCUGGGACGCCGCAUCUCGCACUGUCUGGCUACAGCUCAAGGCGCGGCGCAAGCAAUGGACGAGGAACAGGAACCGCCCAUG